AUGCAACUAGCUAAAGAUCUUAAACUCAUUUUCAAAAAUGGAAAUAUUCGACAGUUUGAUGACAAAGGCGGCCAUGCUGCUGCAAGCCGUCAAAAUCUACUGGAAAACCCUAUUUGUUUUAAUUUACCCAUUAGUAUUAUUACCAGUUUUUUUGACGAACAAUACAUCAGCCUUCAGAUGUCUUUACGUGGUGCUCCUCAUGGCAGUAAGAUACGCUACUGGGUCUUCGAGGUUCUUCCUCUUCCAGUAACAUCUCUAAUCCCAAUGGUCCUCUUUCCUCUCAUGGGAAUUCUCGACUCAGACCAAACGUCGCUUUGCUACCUUAAAGAAACAAAUAUGAUGUUCGUCGGUGGGCUUAUUAUCGCCAUAGCUGUAGAACAUUGUAACUUACAUAAGAGGGUUGCACUCUACGUUAUUAGGUUGGUAGGGUGCAGUCCUAGGAGACUAAACAUUGGGCUGUGCUCGGUUACCAUGUUGGUUUCCAUGUGGAUUUCUAAUACCGCUGCAGCAGCUAUGAUGAUUCCGAUCAUAGAAGCGACAUUAGCAGCUUUAGAGGAGCAAGGAAUCGGCGAAGUAUUUGAACGAAACGAUCUCGAAGGUGACGAAAUAGCGAUAGAAAAUAGUGAUAUAGAAAAUAAGAGGCCUACGAGAACCACCAUGUGUUAUUUUAUCUCCACUGCCUAUGCUGCUAGUAUUGGAGGAAUGGGAUGUAUAAUUGGAUCUGGAACUAAUUUAACUUUCAAAGGAUUAUAUGAAACUUUUUUUCCUGAAAGUCCAGGCCGAAACUCAGUAGACGCAAAAAAGAUUAGAGUCGGUCAGCAGGGUGAAGCUGUAGCCAAAAAGUUAAUCAACCACCAGUUGGAGCAACUUGGACCAAUGUCCUUUCACGAAAAGGCGAUUGGGUUGUGUUUCUUGUUGUCCAUAAUCUUGUGGUUCUUCAGAAAGCCGCAGUUCGUUCCUGGAUGGGCUGAACUUAUCACUGAUCAUAAGGUGAAAGAUGCAACUGCAGCUUUGAUAGUAGUAAUGAUCAUGUUCGUCGUUCCCUCGAAACCUGAUUUUAUAUACAUUUUCAGUGGUAAUGAUCAGAUAAGGCCAAAAGUUGCUUCAACGGCUCUGAUCUCGUGGAAGAUCGUCCAACAAAAAAUGCCGUGGGGACUACUGUUUCUUCUCGGAGGUGGUUUCGCAAUGGCCGAAGGUUCCAAAGCUAGUGGAAUGAGUCAUAUGAUCGCCCAACACUUGAGAGGGUUCACCUCGUUAAAUAAGUAUUAUGUAAUGUUAAUUUCCGGUUGUAUGGGAGCUAUGCUAACGCAGUUCUCUAGCAACGUAGCUUGUGCCAAUGUUCUUCUUCCAGUGUUAGCAGAGAUGUCUGUGGAUGCUAAAAUUCACCCGAUGUAUCUCAUGAUGCCAGCUGCUCUAUGCUGCUCAUUUUCGUACUGUCUUCCAGUAUCAACACCACCAAAUGCCAUCGCCAAGGCUCCCUGUAACAUGCCUUCCAGUGAGAUGUCCAAAGUUGGCAUUGGAAUGACGAUAAUUUCCCUGCUCGUACUUUUUACUAUCUUCCCGUUCUAUGGCAAGCUCAUUUGGGACUUUGACACAUUCCCCGAGUGGGCGGAGCCUAACUAACCUUAGUUUGUCAAUUAUUGGGAAUUUGUAUCCGAUAUUUUGUGGGAUAGAUUGGGUAAUUGCGUCUAAGAAUGUGAAAUAAAGUAUACGUAAAGAUAAAUUUAGCAUGCAGUAUUUUUUACUAAAUAUAAACAGAGAACAAACAUAAUUAAAAUAGGUAAUGGUAUAUAAAGUAGUUUGUUUAUUUUUUUUAUCUAUUUUCAAUUAAAAUGUGUGUAUUUUACUGUUUUUGUUCGUUAGACGAACCGUUCCUGGUGUUACAGUAUUUUAUAACUAUAGUUUAUCCCCAAAAUACCGGUUAAAUAAACCUGAUUAGCAAUAUUAUAUUAUAUAUAUAUAUAUAUAUAUAUAUAUAUAUAUAUAUAUAUAUAUAUAUAUAUAUAUAUAUAUAUAUAUAUAUAUGUGUCAUUAUUUAUUUCUCAUAUUUCUAAAUUUUGUAAACAUUAUUUUCCCUUUCCAAAACAUAUACGAUUACAAACAUAUCGAGAACUUAGAGUAGUAUCUUUCUGAAGACAAAAGAAAAUAAUUACGGGCAGCAGGUGCAAAAAACUGUUUUAAACCUUUUACUUAAACUUUAUUUAUUUAUAAAAGUUACUGGGCACCAUGAGAUACUAUUUGUAAAAGGCUGAAAUUUGUAUUAAAAUAAAUGUUAAAAUUAUUCUCCGAAUUUGAACACAUUCAAAUGACAAAUACAUUUGUCAAAAUAUUCUUGUAAAAGCUAGGCCACACGUAGUGCAGAAUGUUAAUAACGGGUUGCGUUUGAUGAUUGACCACCCGAUAGAAUGAAACAAAGAAAAAUGAUUAGGCCAUAAAAUUACCAUCAGAUGAUAAUGGGAUAAAAUAGAGUGGAACAAAAUAUGAAAUUGCUAUGUUGCUCCUGAAUGUCUGGGAAUAGGAUAUGUAGCUUCUUCUUCUUAUGGUGCCUAUCCUUUACGGAUGUUGAACACUUACAUGGCUAUUCUGACUUUGUUGACUGCUGCCCUGAAAAGUCCGGUAGUGGUUAAGUUAAACCAUGUUUCUGGACCAUUUUUCUCAUGCACUUUACCUUGAAGUAUGGUCCCAAGUAGGUCAUAUCGUUGUUCAUUGCACAUUAUAUGGCCAAGAUAUUCCAAUAUUGACUAGAGGAACAAACUACAUUCAACAGAGGAACAACUAAUUCAAAAUCAAAUGAGAAAUAAAUACAUGAACAUAAAAUGAGAUUCUCAAAUGAAAAAAAUGUGGCUUUUUUAGCCAACGAGGAUUCAAUUUUCCAGCAGUUAUAUAAAAUAACGGAGGGUGCACUUGUUUUAAAUUGCUCAACUCUUAGUUUUUACCAGAUUUUGUCAGUGUUAGUUAUUUUUCACUAUUUAAUAGUAAGAUAUUUUCAAAAAUACAAAUACAUAAAUACAUUAAAAGUAAAGGAAUUGAUUAAAAUGUUGUUCAAAUAUAAAAUUUCUGUCUACAAAAAGUUUUCGGAUUAAAAUAACAUUAGCUUUUAAUAAAAAGUUAAUUUAUAAAUAAAGUUAUCAUUCCACUAAUCGUAUCGACAAUUAACUACGAUUUUAUUACAAUAAAAUCGAAUAAUUUUUGUUCUAUACCUAAUAUAGGUACCAUUCAUUAAUAUGUGUUCCAAAUAAAUGUAAAUAAAUUUUAAAACGGUAUCUAAAUGUUAGCAAUUCGUUGUUAAAAUUUAAAUACGUAAUUUUGUUGCCCUUAGAAUGAUAUGUUGGUGGAAUGUAUUCAGGAAGAAUGUAAAAAGUACGAAGUGAGAUAUUUUAUAGUAUUUUUUAAUGGAUCAUUCAAAUUUUAAAUCGUUUUAAAUAAUUUUAUUAAUAAUACGAAUAUGUAUUCAUAUUAUUAUUUAAGCGAAAAUUUAUUUAAUAUUUAUUAAACAAUUGUGAACUUAGUAUUAAGAACAAAAUGUAUUUUUAUCU